CAGGUUGGCAAACCGUUUAUACUGGGGAAGUUUCUUUCCAGUUAAAGUUCUUUCGUGGCUGCGAAAGACAAGGAAACGUCGCUCCUCCCUCUCCCUUUUAGGUUCGCACUCCCACUCUCAACACAUACAGAGGACGAACAAUCAGUUCCACAUCCCAGAAUCCUUAAACAAAUGGCAAAUGCCUUACUUCCCUUCUUCCUCUGUAUUCUCUACUCCCUCUUCUUCGCAGAUGGGAUUCAACUCAUAAUAGUGAACAACUGCAAGGAGAGCAUAUGGCCUGGAGUUCUUGGCACUUCAGGCCAACCAAACCCCAAAGAUGGCGGCUUCCAUCUCUAUAGCGGCGAGGAAGUAGUCCUCGAAGUCGCGGAGGGAUGGUCUGGGAGAAUAUGGGGCAGACAAGGCUGCUGCUUCGAAAAACAAACUGGCAAGAGGUCAUGCCAAACUGGGGACUGCGCGGGGCUUUUACAUUGCCAAGGCAUUGGCGGAGUCCCUCCGGCCACUUUGGUAGAAAUGACACUUGGAACCCCCAAGUCCGCCUUACAUUACUAUGAUGUGAGUUUGGUCGACGGGUUUAAUCUUCCUGUGUCAAUGGUUCCUGUAGGCGGUGGUGUGGGGUGUGGAGUAGCCGCGUGCGAAGCUGACUUGAAUGUUUGCUGUCCAUCUGCCUUGGAGAUAAAGCGCCAAGGGAAGGUGGUGGGCUGCAAAAGCGCCUGUUUGGCCGCAAAGUCGGAUAGGUAUUGCUGUACUGGGGAAUUUGCCAAUCCAAAGAGUUGCAAGCCAACGGUGUUUGCUCAUCUUUUUAAGGCCAUCUGCCCCCGGGCUUACAGCUACGCAUACGAUGAUUCUACAGCUCUAAAGACAUGCAGGGCUCCUCGGUAUGUCAUCACGUUUUGCCCUCCUGUUUGAUGGAUGACUUGAACAGUAAAGUUAAAAGCAAGUCUACGUCUGCUGUUUUGUUAUCAAUGAUGUCCGUGAUAUUUGUAAUCACUAUUGUUCAAGUUUUUUGACUUUUUCUA